ACAUAAAUGAAAGAGACAUGCUAAAUAUACCUGAAAAGAUGAAGUAUACAGGGUCUCUUCAUCUUUUUUUUUUUGGUGUGCAGCAGCAGUUUGAUGAGCCCAAUAGGGUUUUGAGUAUUAAAAAAAUCUCUGCUUGUCUUUUAGAUGACCGGAGCAUUCAUCUUGAAGAGAGAAAAUUUACAUCUGCUUUCUUACCCUUGACAUGUCUAAUGCUUGUUCCCGCUCGUGUAUAUGAACGACAAAACCUAUACUUGUCUUGGAGUUGAUUAAUUGCAGUUAUUAUGUUAAAAAUCACUAAAUGGUCUUUGAGAUUGAUUCCUGAGCCUUUGUAUGGUAAUUUAUGCAUGCGUUUGAAAUUCUUCUUUAGGAUCUGGUUGGACAGAUUAGGUAACCAUGCGUUUGACCUGUUUUAGUCAUGGUAGCUGGUAAAUUGAAUAUGAACUCGCAUUAGCUUCAGCCAAUUUAGUUCUCCAAGUGGUAGAGAUUUUCUUAUGCAUUUGAAUAUUUGUUUCUGUCUCAGGAAUGGGAUCAAUGCUAUCAAGUAGCCCAGCAAGCUCCACAUCAACAUCCAUCCUAUCUGCCAUGCCAGCUUCUAUUCUUUCUGUUAAAACAUUUUCGCUUGUUGAGCUUGAGAGGGCUACAGAGAAGUUCAGUCCCAAGAGGAUUUUAGGUGAAGGUGGGUUUGGACGUGUCUACCAUGGGCUCUUGGAAGAUGGAACUGAUGUAGCGGUGAAAUUGCUUACAAGAGAUAUUCAGAAUGGAGACCGUGAAUUUAUAUCUGAAGUUGAGAUGCUCAGCCGAUUGCAUCAUCGUAACCUUGUGAAGUUGAUUGGUAUAUGCAUUGAAGAACGGGUACGAUGCUUGGUUUAUGAGCUUGUACCAAAUGGCAGUGUUGAGUCCCACUUACAUGGUGUGGACAAGCAAAAAGGGCCUCUAGAUUGGGAUGCGAGGCUGAAGAUUGCUCUGGGUGCUGCUAGGGGAUUAGCUUAUCUUCAUGAGGACUCUAAUCCUCGAGUAAUUCAUCGAGAUUUUAAAGCAAGUAAUGUUUUAUUAGAAGAUGACUUUACCCCCAAAGUUUCAGAUUUUGGGUUGGCCAGAGAAGCAACAGAAGGAAGCCAUCACAUUUCUACUCGAGUCAUGGGAACUUUUGGGUAUGUAGCCCCUGAAUAUGCAAUGACAGGGCAUUUGCUUGUGAAAAGUGAUGUUUAUAGUUAUGGGGUUGUGCUACUAGAGCUUCUCUCGGGAAGAAAACCUGUGGACAUGUCCCAACCUCCGGGACAAGAAAAUCUCGUGACUUGGGCGAGGCCUCUACUUACCAGCAGAGAAGGUUUAGAGCAGCUGGUGGAUCCUUCCUUGGCUGGAAGCUACAACUUUGAUGACAUGGCUAAGGUGGCUGCCAUUGCCUCCAUGUGCGUUCACCCAGAGGUAACUCACAGACCAUUUAUGGGAGAAGUAGUGCAGGCACUGAAGCUCAUAUACAAUGAUGAUACAGACGGGACAUGCGGGGAUGGUUGUAGUCAGAGAGACUCUUCUGUGCCAGACUCUGAUUUCAAAGGUGAUCUUGUCCCUUCCGAAAGUAGUUGGUGGAAUGCUGCGGGAGUUACUCCGAGGUUGACUUACGGACAGGCAUCCUCCUUCAUAACGAUGGAUUACAGUUCAGGUCCACUUGAAGAGAUGGAAAACAGGCCGUUUUCAGCUUCAAGUCUGGCUGGAGGGGUAGCACUGCCCAUCAAGCAUGGGAACAGGUCAGGUCCAUUGAGGACCGUCCGCAGUAAAAAAGCGUUUUAUAGAUUAAAGGGGAGUAUGAGCGAGCAUGGACUGCUUUCGAGGCGUACUUGGAAUGACGGUCCUAGCGGUUAUGAAGCUUCAUUUUAGGCCAUUUUUUCUUUUCUUUUUUUAAGUGUACAGUAAUGAAGGGCCAUUUGUAUUGAGAAAAUAGGUUUCUUCGGUGGUGUAGGAUCGUAGUUGUGAGCUCUUUUAUUUGCGUAGAGAAAAUGAGAGAAUAUUCUGACCUCUAAUUUUGAUAAUCUUAAAAUAUUCACAAUACAAUGGAGAUGCAGGUCGGGUACGUCAUCUUGUAUAUUGAUCAAUCAAUUUUACCCGCCUAUGGUUCGAUUACGGGAUUGAACAGAUA